CCACUCUACUACACUACACUACUACUACUACUACUACUACUAUUAUCAUCAUCACCACCAUCACCAUCACCACUUGUUUCCUUCGUUGUAUUUCUGCAAUAAGACUACGUGGGAUUUGUAGACGCGGAACUUUUUCUCAGAUGGAAAUUGUGUAUCCAAUGUGAUUUGCAAUGAAACGUGUUCGUGGGCUGGACGACGUAGCAUCACCAGCAGCAGCGACGUUAAAGCACUCAUCUGUGAGUGCAGCAAGUGGCUUAGGAGGUGGCGGAGGAGGAGGUAGUCUAGAAUAUCACACUGGCAGUGGGAUCGGUGUUGUCGUACCAGGCCAAGCUGUUCGAUCUGUCGCAUCUAAAGAAAUGCCAGGGAGUAUACAAUUUGGUACUGCCCAAGCUCAACAACAGUACACUAGUGCGAUCGUUGUGCCAACCGCUGCAUCGACUUCCAUCAAAGCGAGCGGCUCUACAGGAGGACUCGGCUCUACGUGUGGUAGCAGCAUAAAUACCGGCGGUGGGUUACACAGUGGAAUAAGUAGCGGGAAUAGCCAUAACAUGGGUUCCCAGCAGCCUACAUCAGGCCCGCAAAAUCAAGUCCAUGCGCAGCAGCAAUCGACAAUAAGACAUAAGGUACAUUCAGGUAAUGUGACGCCGCUUGCUUCCACACCACCUGGUCCUAACCUAGGAAGUGGGAGUGGAUCUCAGCAGUUUCAGAGAUUAAAGGUGGAAGACGCGUUAUCUUACCUGGAUCAAGUGAAAUAUAAAUUCAGCGAUCAGCCGCAGGUGUACAAUGAUUUCUUGGAUAUUAUGAAGGAAUUUAAGUCGCAAAGUAUAGAUACUCCGGGUGUUAUAACCCGAGUGAGUCAUCUGUUCAAAGGACAUCCUGAACUAAUUGUCGGCUUCAAUACGUUUCUUCCGCCAGGCUAUAAGAUAGAGGUGCAAGCGAAUGAACAAGGAUACGCCUUUCAAGUGUCCGUCAGUAUGCCUAGUCCAACGGCGACGCACACCGCUACAUUAUCGCAACAUUGCACAGUGAAUGUUGGUUCACCCCCCGUAGCUAGUCCACCCACUCAGCCUGCAAAAGCACCUCCAGUUUUACAGAUAAUGCAGGGGUCAGGCAGUAUACACCACACUUUGGCAAACAGUAUUACAACCAACAGUUUAACCGUUCACGCGCCUUCGCCACCUCCGGUACCGGUGUACAACAACUCGCACGUUAGCACUGCACAGGCGCAAGCAGUCAGUCAGGCUCUGAAUCAAGCGGAUGGUGUAACGAAUAGUGGACAAACGCAACAAAAUCAACCAGUCGAGUUCAAUCAUGCGAUAAACUAUGUCAAUAAAAUAAAGAAUCGAUUCCAAGGGCAACCGGACAAAUACAAACGCUUUCUGGAGAUAUUGCAUACGUAUCAGAAAGAACAGCGUAAUUUAAAAGAGUCUAGCCACAUGGGAGGUACGAGUUCCGGCUAUGGUACGGGUGGAGGAAAACAUUUGACGGAAGCGGAAGUUUACAGUCAAGUUGCUAAAUUGUUUGAGAAUCAAGAAGACUUGUUGGCUGAGUUUGGGCAAUUUUUGCCGGAUGCUACUAAUCAGCAAAGUUCACUGUCCGCUAUGUUUCAGACUAACAAGACUACAUCCGUCAAUGAUCACGCGACGAUUGUUAAGAAACCGAUCGGACUGAAAACUUCGUACAACAAUUCCGGAGCCAUUUCGAGGGAUCUUCGAGAGCCUAGCGGCACAACUGGCUUGGAACGCGACGCUCGGGAUCAUAGAGAACGGGAGCGCGAGCGGGAUAGAGCAAGCAUCAGAGAUGUUAACAGUGGUCAGAAAUUCGGACAUAGUACAGGGCAGCUCAAGAGGAGCCCAUCGUUCUCAACUUCGGUAACAGCGGGGAAUUCUCAUCACCUGCAACACGGACCGCCACCUUUGAAGAAGCAUAAAGUCGCUUCGAUGCGCGAUGUUACCAUCGCGGAAGCUGGCAAAUAUGGUACUCUGAAUGACUAUGCUUUCUUCGACAAGGUUCGAAAGGCGCUCAGGUCGCAAGAAGUCUACGAAAAUUUCCUUCGGUGCCUUGUACUCUUUAAUCAGGAAAUAGUGUCAAAGUCGGAACUUGUUCUACUAGUAACACCAUUUCUCGGCCGUUUUCCUGAAUUGCUGCGUUGGUUCAAAGACUUCCUCGGUCAUUUGACUGACUCGUCCGCCACUACAAUGACAAACGCGAGUGGCGCGACAGGCGUGGAAACUUUUCCAAACAAUGUCGUACGGAGCCACCAGGAACGGCCGCAAGGUGACCUAGCGAUCGAGAUCGAUUAUACGGCGUGCAAACGAUUAGGAGCAUCGUACUGCGCUUUACCGAAAUCGUACGUUCAACCAAAGUGCAGUGGCAGAACGCAGCUUUGCAAGGAGGUCCUCAAUGAUACGUGGGUUUCCUUUCCGACCUGGUCCGAGGACAGCACAUUUGUAACGUCUAGAAAAACACAAUAUGAGGAAUCUAUAUACCGAUGCGAGGAUGAACGUUUCGAAUUGGACGGUGUGAUAGAAACCAACGCGGCGACGAUCCGAGUACUCGAGGGUGUUCACAAGAAGAUGAAUAGGAUGAGCCAAGAGGAGUUGCAGAAGUUUAAGCUCGAUGAUUGCUUGGGCGGUAGUUCUCCCACGAUUCAUCAGCGAGCGUUAAAAAGGAUAUACGGCGACAAAGCCACCGAUAUCAUAGACGGUCUGAAGAAAAACCCCGUGGUAGCCGUACCGGUCGUACUUCGUCGGCUAAAGAGUAAAGAGGAGGAGUGGCGGGAGGCGCAGAAGGGCUUUAAUAAAAUUUGGAGGGAACAAAAUGAAAAGUAUUACUUGAAAUCGUUGGAUCAUCAAGGAAUUAACUUCAAGCAAAACGACGUAAAGGCACUGAGAUCCAAAAGUUUAUUCAAUGAGAUCGAAACGUUGUGCGACGAGCGACACGAGCAGGGUGACGAGGGUAGCGGCGAUGGUCAAGGGAAUAGCGGUCCGCAUCUUGUGUUACCGUACAAGGACAAGACAGUGUUGGACGAUGCCGCUAAUCUGUUGAUUCACCAUGUCAAACGGCAAACUGCCAUCCACAAGGAGGAUAAGCAACGCAUUAAACUCUUGUUGAAGCAUUUCAUACCCGAUCUCUUUUUCUACAGACGACAAGAACUUAGCGAUGAUGAGAGAGACGAUGACGACGAGAAGGAAGAUAUAAGUGUGGCAGCAUACAACAAUACUCAGUCCACGACAAUCGGUUCAUCGUUAGGUGGUUGUGCUGGUGGUGGUGGUGGUGGUAGUGGUGGUGGUGGUCUACAGGCUAAUAGGAGUAAGGCUCCUGUAUCGCCAAAUACGUCUUCCACUUUGAUCAAAACUGAACCCGACGUCAAACUACCUAUUCAUGCUCUCUCCAAUGAUCCCGAGGAAGCGUAUACGCUUUUCAUGAGCAGUAAUAAUUGGUACCUCUUUUUGAGGUUACACCAUAUACUGUGCGAAAGGUUAACAAAAAUGUGCGAAAGAGCAAACGCUCUCAUCGAGGAGGAAUCUAAGUAUAAGCAACAGCGAAAAGAAAGUACAGCGGUUGCUUUGAGGCUGAAACCGAAAAAUGAAAUUGAAGUCGAGGAAUACUAUUCUGCCUUCCUAGACAUGGUUAAAAAUGUCCUCGAUGGAAAUAUGGAAAGUACAGCGUACGAGGACACAUUACGAGAGAUGUUCGGUAUACAUGCCUAUAUUGCUUUCACUCUCGAUAAGGUCGUCACAUAUGCCGUGAGACAAUUGCAACACUUGGUCUCGGAUCCUAUAUGCCAACAAUGCAUGGAAUUGUUUCAAAGGGAGCAACGUCAAUCUAAAGAGAAUAGCGGAGCCGGCGGGUUGUGCGCUACGGCAUACAUGAGAUUGGGGGCAGAAUUGUCGUAUCAACGCAAAGCAGAGAAAGCAAUGGCGGAUGAGAAUUGUUUCAAGAUAUACAUAUACAAGAAAGACUGUAAAAUGACGAUGGAGUUGUUAGAUACAGAAGGCGACGAAACAAUAGAUAGCGGCUGUAGAGAGAGAGAAAGGGAAGGCGUUACAGACUCUGAAAAAUGGACGACGUACGUUGAGAAAUAUUCCACACCAGCUGGUCAGACUAGUCCGAAAGAUACUCCCGCCUUAACAGAGAAUGAGCCGACGACCAAUCAUCCUGUGAGUAGCGACCAGGCAGCAAGGGGGGGGAGGGGCAGAAAACGCAAGAACACUGACUUUAGCAAGAAGAUCGACGGAAAUGGUUGCAGUUGUUCGAGCAGAAUCUCGGCGGGACGUAAACCCGUCUUUCUAUAUCGUAAUAUUAGGCAGUGGCGAAAGAGAGCUGCGAGAUUAACAAGAACGUCUCUGUCUAAUAUUAAUCAGCCGGAAAAAAUAAUAGAGUCGACCGGCAAAGAGAAACCACUGGACAAUGUAGCACUUUUAAAGAGGCCUGCUACUUUAAGAUUGGCCGAUGCGACUGAUGCUCCAGAUAUUAUCAAUUCCGACGAGACGCAAUGUAGAUUUAAUCCCAACAGCUAUCACAUGCUCUACGUCGCCAGCAAGGAAGCGUUCCUUUAUAAACGAAACUCAUUCAAUCGCGCUAGAGAGUGCCACCCGGUCGUAACGAAGCGUCUCAACGCCAAGUUCCAUCGUUGGCUCGCGUCAUGGGCAUCUAAGAACGUCGUGGAUAUCCAGCAUCGAAUGUGUCAAGAUUGGUUGAUGGGACGUUACGAAAACUUAAUUCCUCAUAGGACACGAGUGAUAACGGACAACGAUCAAACACGUUCUCCUUAUCGGCAGUACAACCGUUACCGAGUAGAACGUCUGCAAUCUGAUUUAUUGACCGAUCCGUGCGUUUAAUCCUAUUCGGAGGUUAACCUUUGCAAUGUUGUAAUUAUCAUUUAUAAGUGAGUAAUCCUCCCGAUUGAUGAGGCGCUUGAGAUUAAAAAAUAAAAUGAUUGGACAAAAUUCUGUUACUUUGAUGUUCCAAAAAAAUUUGACACAUUGGCUCCUUUCUAAUCGGCGUGUGAUCGGUGGUCAAUGACCAUUUAUAUUUUACUACAUACCAUAUCUUGUGUUACUCCUUGAUGAAUGAUUUUAUCCUUUGUUGUGCAAAUAACACACGAUACAGGUCGUGCAUCGGGUACUAUUUCGUGCUAUCACCCACUUUAUCAGCGGCUCAACUCGCCGAGCAAUUUUUCGACAGCUAUUCCAAUUCGCAAAUUUGUUUCAUUCACCGUCAAAGUUUUACAUAAAUUCAGAGUCAACGUGUUAUUCAAUCGCGGGUUUAUUGUACGAAAUUAAAGUGGAUAUUUUGCAUCCUUUUGCUCGCGCGCGCGCAUGCGCGCGCGUGUGUAAUGUAGUGUAUGUAUAUAUGUAUGUAUAUACGUACAUGAAUAUUUGGCACUCGACUAUAACUCGUCGACUCUUUUUCUCAUCUUGUUGCUAACUAUACUUGGCAUUCUUGUCAUAAUGUAUGUUGAAAUGUGCGUAUAUCUGUAUGUAAUGUAUAUCUUAUAAUGUAUCUAUACACAUUUGUACAGAUUCGCAAUCAUACGUGUACAUAGAUAUAUGCAUAUAUACAUAUGUGUGUGUGUGUAUGUGUGUGUGUGUGUGUGUGUGUGUGUGUGUGUGUACACACGUUUAAAUACAGUACAAAAAAGUUUCAGAUUUUACCUUCGUGUUUGGCCUCGGCUUUCAACAUAAAAGCCAAUCGAAACUUUAGAGACGAUAAUAUUCUCGCAGCAGCGCGAUAGAGUCCGAGUGUAUUGAAAGUUUACAUGGCAUAAAUUAAUCGUUUGAAAGUCAUUGCGCUCUAUCGCGCGCAAAAAUUGCGUGACCGUAUCAAAUCAUUAUCCGGCACGUAUGACAAAUUCACUAAUUAACGCAACGUUGAGCUUCUCGAGCUACUUUACAGCUAAUUGCCAAACACGGCCAUAUCGCGACAUACUGCUACAUUUAUCAAUCGUGCAAUCAGCACGUCUUUCUUUUAGAAAGAAAGAAAGGAAAUAAUUGAAAAAAAGCUUGUAUAUAUGUGUUGCACAUUUGAUGGUGAAAUAAUCGCGCUUAUUACCAGCCAAUCUACCGAUACUGAUUUGCGAUACUGAUGUAACAUGUAUGAUACAACAUAUAUAGCACAAGUUCAAUUUAUAACUCCUGCCGAGUUUAAAUAACAGCUUCAACAGCUUGAUGAGAAAAGCGUCCA